AUGGGCGGCGUCGGCGGCCUCGGACGCGGGCGGCGGGGCGCCUACCUGCCGCUGCUGCUGCUGCCACCGCUUCUCCUGCUCGCCGUGGCCGGUGCCGCCGUGGGGAAGGAGAAGGAGAAGGGGGCGUUCGGUAAGCUGCGGUUCCGGCGGGAGAGCGGGACGUUCAAGGUGGUGCAGGUGGCGGACAUGCACUACGCGGACGGCCGGAGCACGGCCUGCGAGGACGUGCUCCGGUCCCAGGUGGCCGGCUGCACCGACCUCAACACCACCGCCUUCCUCUACCGCGUCUUCCGCGCCGAGGACCCCGACCUCGUCGUCUUUACAGGUGAUAACAUCUAUGGUGCGGAUUCAAAUGAUGCGGCCAAGUCUAUGGAUGCAGCAAUUGCCCCAGCCAUUGACAUGAAACUACCUUGGGCUGCUGUGAUUGGGAACCAUGACCAAGAGGGUACACUGUCGCGUGAGGGUGUAAUGCGUCACCUUGUGGGCAUGAAAAACAGCCUUUCAAGCUUCAAUCCGGAAGGAAUUGAAAUUGAUGGUUACGGAAAUUACAAUUUGGAAGUUUCUGGGGUUGAAGGAACACCCAUGGAUGAAAAAUCAGUGCUCAACCUGUAUUUCCUAGACAGUGGUGACUAUUCUACUGUACUAUCAAUCAAUGGUUAUGGUUGGAUCAAGGCUUCGCAGCAAGUCUGGUUCCAACAAACAUCUUCAAGUCUACAGGCAAAGUAUAUGAAUGAGAACCCGAAACAGAAGGAACCAGCACCUGGCCUUGUAUUCUUCCACAUUCCACUACCAGAGUUCAGCAGUUUUACGGCAGCCAAUUUCACAGGAGUAAAGCAGGAGGGUAUCAGCUCAGCAUCAAUUAACUCUGGGUUCUUUGCCUCCAUGGUGGAGGCUGGAGAUGUGAGGGCUGCCUUUGUGGGACAUGAUCACAUUAAUGACUUCUGCGGGAAGCUCAGUGGUAUUCAGCUCUGCUAUGCUGGUGGAUUUGGUUACCAUGCCUAUGGGAAGGCUGGGUGGUCAAGGAGAGCAAGGGUGGUGUCUGUGCAACUUGAGAAGACAGACAACGGUGAAUGGCGAGGAGUCAAGUCCAUCAAGACAUGGAAGAGGCUUGAUGAUAAGCAUCUUAGCACAAUUGACUCUGAGGUCCUCUGGAACAGAGGCUCUAAUGGAAUGGUGCUCCGUAAGGGAUCUCAUACAGCAACUGUAGAGUAUGAAACUAUGGGUGCCUUCGGUGAAUGCUGGAUGGCCAAUUUACUAUAG